AUGGCGCCUGUUCCUUCUGAAUUGUCAUAUGUGCCUGCCUCUUAUGAGGAGCUGAGCCCAUUCCAUGAGGCCCCCGUACUGGACCAAUCUACUAUCGAUAAAUAUCCAGUUGUACACCUAGAUGCUAUCGACCUGUCUCAAUACGUUGAGGGCCCUGAGGGGCUCCCAGCAAGGCAGAAACUUGCCGCACAACUGGAGGAGUCCAUCAGCACUUCAGGUUUCUUCAACCUCAUCAAUACUGGCUACGAUGCUGACAAAAUUGAGCGUUUGAAGACGAUUGCCAUCAAUUUGCUGAAUAUUCCACAAGAGGAGAAGAUGCAGUAUCUUGCAGGUGCAAUCACCAGUGAUGAUGAAGACAGAACCAAGUCGCUCGGUGGCGAGCGUGGUGCUGGAUUCAAGCCACGUGGUUACUGGAGCUUUGCCAAGGGUGUCAGAGACGCCAUUGAGCACUACAACUUCAGAAAUCUGCUUCACGAUGACAUUUUUCUCAGUCCUGAGGCAAUCUCUAAGCUUCCUGCGAUAGUGAGGCCAUACGUAACUGAGAUUCAGGCAUACUACCAGCACCUUCACUAUGAUGUUUUGAAGAAGAUCAGUGCGCUCAGCGAUAUCAUCUUGGAGCUUCCAGAGGGAACAUUGUACGAGAUGUUCGAGGUUAAGCAGAACGAUCUGCAGAACUCUGGAGGAGGUUUCGGAAGAUUCAUGCGCUACCACAAGAUGGAUCCUGAAGAUGAGGCUAAAGUGCAGAAGAACUGGUUAAGAGGUCAUUCGGAUUCAACCACGUUCACCAUGAUCACCUCGCAACCCAUUCUGUCACUUCAAAUCAGAGAUUACGACACGGGUGAAUGGAAGUUCGUCGCACACAGACCAAACUCGCUGGUCGUGAACAUUGGUGAUGCUCUUGAAUUUCUGACUGGUUCCUAUUUCAAGUCUUCCAUCCACAGAGUUGUUGCGCCUCCAGAGGAGCAAAAAGACUACACCCGCCUGGUGCUCAUCUACUUCCAGCAGCCAAAGGCUGGCACGAUUGUGGACCCUGAAACAUUGAACAGCCCCAAGCUCAACAGAUUGGGUCUCACAAAGCCUGCUGAAUGGGAGAAGAUCGAUUUCUUCACUUGGGAUGACAGCAAGGGAAGACUGUACGGCCAAAAGGCAGUAAAUGAUACAGAUGGUGACGAGCCUCUGUCGGUACUUUUGUACGGUCGUCUGCACGAGAGAUGGCACCAGCGUGACAAACAGGAGGAAGUUGGGGUGAUCCGUGACUACCAAGUCUAA